ACUCCCUUUAUAUUUUCUCUCUCUAGACGAAGCCUUGAAUUUGAAGGAAUUUCAAAAAUUCGCGAUGGGUUCCGAUGCUGAUAUGGAGGAUUACGGGUUUGAGUAUUCCGACGAGGAGCCAGAAGAACAGGAUGUUGAUAUUGAGAAUCAGUAUUACAACUCUAAAGGCUUGGUUGAAUCCGACCCGGAAGCUGCACUUGAGGGUUUCGCAGAAGUUGUGAAUAUGGAACCUGAAAAGGCCGAAUGGGGAUUUAAAGCUUUGAAGCAAACUGUUAAGCUUUAUUAUAAGCUUGGGAAGUACAAAGAAAUGAUGGAUGCGUACAGGGAUAUGUUGACUUAUAUUAAAUCUGCAGUGACUCGAAAUUACAGUGAGAAAUGCAUAAACAACAUCAUGGAUUUUAUUUCUGGAUCUGCUGGUCAAAACUUUAGUCUGCUGCAAGAGUUUUAUCAAACAACCUUAAAAGCCCUUGAAGAGGCGAAGAAUGAGAGACUGUGGUUUAAGACAAAUCUGAAAUUGUGCAAAAUAUGGUUCGAUAUCGGCGAAUACGGACGUAUGAGUAAGAUACUGAAGGAGCUUCACAAGUCAUGUCAAAAAGAAGAUGGUACCGAUGAUCAGAAGAAGGGCACACAGUUGUUAGAAGUGUAUGCAAUCGAGAUCCAAAUGUACACCGAGACUAAAAACAACAAAAAACUGAAGGAAUUAUAUCAAAAAGCAUUAUCAGUCAAAUCUGCUAUUCCUCAUCCGAGAAUUAUGGGGAUAAUUAGAGAAUGUGGUGGAAAAAUGCACAUGGCAGAACGACAAUGGCCAGACGCGGCUACUGAUUUCUUUGAAGCUUUUAAGAACUAUGAUGAAGCUGGGAACCAGAGACGCAUCCAGUGCCUAAAGUAUUUGGUUCUGGCAAAUAUGCUGAUGGAAUCAGAGGUCAAUCCAUUUGAUGGUCAAGAGGCAAAGCCAUACAAAAACGAUCCGGAGAUCCUGGCCAUGACAAACCUAAUCGCAGCAUAUCAAAGGAACGAGAUUUUGGAGUUUGAAAAAAUUCUCAAGAGUAACAGAAGGACAAUAAUGGACGAUCCAUUUAUUCGAAAUUACAUCGAAGAUCUUCUAAAGAAUGUGAGAACACAAGUGUUGCUUAAGCUCAUUAAGCCGUACACAAGAAUUCGGAUCCCUUUUAUCUCAAAGGAGCUUAACGUACCAGAGAAGGAUGUCGAGGCAUUAUUGGUGUCCCUUAUCUUGGAUAAUCGAAUUGAUGGGCACAUUGAUCAAGUGAACCGGCUAUUAGAACGUGGCGACAGGUCGAAGGGAAUGAAGAAGUACACUGCGAUAGACAAAUGGAACACACAGCUGAAAUCUCUGUACCAAACUGUUGGCAAUCGAGUUUAUUGAGACUGUUAAUAGAUGUGCAUCUCCUUUUAUCAGACGGUGUUUAGUAGUUAUAGCUUGUGAAACUUUGAGCAUAGAAGCACUUUCAGCUUUCCUUUUUGUUAAUUAUUGAAUGAAUGUUCGCAAUUUAGGUCAAUCAGCCUAAGUGCUUAACUGAAUCGGGCUGCGUCUGCACAUUGGUUCCGUUUUUCGUUAUAUUUUUUUAUAAUAUAUAAUUUUGUUUUCCAAAUUUCAA